CUUCUCCGGUUCUCCGCGCCUCAGUCUUCCAGGGCUCCUCCAAGACGCAGGACGCACGCGCUCCGCCGGCUCUCCGCGCGCCCCGCCGGCCAUGGCCUCCGUCACGUGCCGGGUCCAGUUCCUGGAGGACUCGGACCCGUUCAUCUGCACCAACUUCCCCGAGCCGCGCAGACCACCGACGGUCAUCCUGGAGGAGAGCGUCCCGCUGAGCGAGCAGCUCGGCCGGAUCCGCUCCCUGCUGGGGGCUCCGCUGAAGCUGGAGGACUGCACCCUCCAGGUCUCUCCUCAGGGAAACUACCUGGACAUAGAAUCUUCACUGUCAGAACAGAGAGACGAGCUGGAGGCUUUUUACCAGGACAUCAGUAAAGGACGGAAGCCGAUCCUGAUCCUGAGGACCCAGCUGGGUGUCCGGGUCCAGGCCAUCCUGGAGCGGCUCUACACCUCUCAGGGUCCGGAGCUGAGACGCUGCCUGUUCUCCCUCAACAGCUGUUCCAGGAUGAUAAAGACCUGGUCCCGGAGUUCGUGGCAUCUGAAGGUUUGACGUGUUUCAUUAAAGUCGGAGCCGAAGCAGACCACAACUACCAGAACUACAUCCUGA